AUGGAUCCUUACGCUUCCUAUGUCUGUCCUUCUAACUUUGGGGCAACCAGAAUACAACGCUCAAACCCUCCCAUCGAGGAGUCUAAACUUCUUCUUACGCAACAGCAGCAACAACAGCUACCGCCGUUUCGAGAGCUCCUGGGAUCCAACGUUCAACCCUCGAUCGACCCUAUAACCGCAAGUGAACCUAGAGCCGUUGUUCAAGCCGACAACAUGACCAGAAGAACCUUCCAACCGCCAUCCGGACCGUUAAAAAUCGAGCCACCAUCGCCCGAGCGAUCGCAGAAUGGGAUCGGGAUCGAAUCCUACGACAACAUGUCUGCUCAAAGCAGUGACUCGGCGUACACUGCUCCGCGUCACCAUCACAGGCCGAACCCUUCCUGGAAUUCGACUUCCCAAUAUUCUGAGCUCGUCAGUCCAUAUGGCCCUCAACAACGGCCUCCGUGCACCAUCCAGACCCAAUUUUCACCUUCCAGGGUGAGCCCAUGUUUACCGUCAAUUCGAGACUUCGACCGGUUGCACCCCUACAGCCCAUCCUUUUCACCACCAGGCUCAUAUGGAUACAGUGCGUCCGGCGGGCCUCCUCCCGCUGGCCACGAGGGCUACUCCUACAAGACGGAAACGUCCUCUUAUUAUGACCCACCCCACCGUUAUGGACAGAGUUACCCGCAAACGAACAGACCGAAUGCUCCGCAGAUGGAAUAUUCGAGAUAUCCAUCCUCACUCUAUGAGUAUCGAGGUGGUCUCACGUAUCCGUCGCCCUAUGCUGGCGAUUAUCUUCCCUCUCCGACCGGGUCCCAUCAUCCUGUCUCCCCAACAGUGUCAAACGAAGGAUGUGGACUUCCAGGCAGAAAGCGGCGGGGCAACUUGCCCAAGGCGAUUACCGACUAUUUGCGACAGUGGUUCCUCGCGCAUCUGGAGAAUCCGUACCCAACGGAAGAGGACAAGCAACAAUUUGCACAAGCGACAGGCCUCACCAUUGCUCAGAUCAGCAACUGGUUCAUCAACGCCAGAAGACGCCAUCUCCCCGCGCUGCGUCAUCAGGUCCGUGAGAGAGCGGCACAGACCUCGGCAGCUGAAUAUGAUUCAGACCAAGUGCGACGUUAG